UCCCCACCCCGUUUACAAGUCAUGAUGGCGGAACUGUAGACUUCGGGACGAGCAGGAGUCCACCGCCCGUCCUCGUUUAACAAGUGUAUAUAGUUAUUUAUUUAUUCAGACACCUCUACAUUAUCCCAGCAAUGACCCGGUGGAUACCCACUAAAAAAGAGAAGUACGGAGUCGCAAUCUACAAUUAUGAUCCCAGUGGAGAGCAGGAGCUGUGCCUACAGGUGGGGGACACGGUGCACAUACUUGAGAAACUGGAAGGCUGGUAUAGGGGAUACACACUACGCAAGAAAUCACACAAGGGUAUUUUCCCAGCCUCCUAUAUCCACUUAAAGGAGGCUACAGUUGAGGGAAUAGGCCAGCAGGAAAUAAUUAUUCCAGCAGAUUUACCCCUUGUGCAGGAGCUAGGGGCUACUCUGAGGGAAUGGGCACAGAUAUGGCACAAGCUCUAUGUGGCGAACAAGACCACCCUGUUCAGGAAUGUUCAGCAGAUGGCAUACAGUCUCAUAGAGUAUCGAUCUCAGAUAGUGUCAGGAACGCUGCCCAAAGAUGACCUUGUAGAGCUCAAAAAGAAAGUCACAGCAAAGAUUGAUUAUGGAAACCGGAUUCUGGGUCUGGACCUGGUGGUGCGUGAUGAAGCAGGAAACACACUGGAUCCAGACCGGACCAGUACAGUCAGUCUGUUCCGUGCCCACGAGACCGCAUCCCGCAGUGUCGAUGACAGGAUACAAGAAGAAAAGACACGUCUACAAAACCUGGAAAUGAGGCGUCAGACCCUGUUCAGCACAGUCCACACAUAUAGUCUCCUCAUGAACCUGAAAAACUUUGUAUGCAACAUUGGAGAGGAUGCUGAGCUGCUCAUGUCUCUCUAUGACCCUGACCAGUCUGAAUUCAUCAGUGAGAACUUCCUGGUGCGUUGGGACAGUAUGGGGAUGCCUAAAGAAAUUGAAAAACUCAACAACCUGCCAGCACUCUUCACGGACCUGAGCAGCAGUGACUUGAUGAGGCAGCGACUCUUUCUAGUGUGUCAGAUCAUUAGAGUGGGAAGCAUGGAGCUCAAAGAGGGCAAGAAGCACACGGGUGGACUGAGACGACCAUUUGGUGUGGCGGUGAUGGACAUAACAGAUAUCGCCCAUGGCAAAACAGAUGAUGAGGACAAACAGCAUUUCAUCCCUUUUCAGCAGAUCGCUAUGGAAACCUACAUCCGUCAGAGGCAGCUCAUCAUGUCUCCACUCAUCCCGUCCCGAGUUAUUGGAGAGAAUGAGCCGCUCACUGCUGUCUUCAACAAAGUCAUCGCCACACGGGAGGUCAAUCACAAAGGCCAGGGGCUGUUUGUGACCCUGAAGCUUCUCCCUGGGGAUCUUGCCCAGGUCAGGAAGGACUACCCCCACUUUGUGGACCGCAGCACCGCUAUCGUCAGGAAAAUGGGCUUUCCAGAAAUCAUCCUCCCUGGAAACGUGAGAAAUGAUAUUUACGUAACCUUGCUGCAGGGAGAGUUUGACCGUGGUAAAAAGAAGACCCCAAAAAAUGUAGAGGUUAUACUGAGUGUCCAUGAUGAUGAAGGCAAUCCAAUGGAGAAAGCAAUAUUUCCAGGAGCAGGUUAUGACGGCAUCACAGAGUACAAGUCAGUUAUUUACUACCAGGUGAAGCAGCCUUGUUGGAAUGAAACAGUGAAGGUGACAAUUCCCAUUGAAGACGUGUGCCGCUGUCAUUUGAGGGUUACGUUUCGACACAGAUCCUCCCAGGACUCUCGGGACAAAUCGGAGAAGCCGUUUGGAAUGGCCUUUGUCCGGCUCAUGAGAGGAGAUGGAACAACACUGAAAGAUGGCAGACAUGAACUUAUUGUCUAUAAGGUUGACGUGAAAAAAGCUGAGGAUGCAAAGGUUUAUCUCACCUUGCCAGCAACCUGGGCUGAAGUGGAGGAAAAAGAGAAGCAGACAGGGAAGCCGUUCCACCACUCUGGAGUGAUUCCUGUCACUAAAGACAGCUUCCAGAUCGCCACGCUCACCUGCUCCACUAAACUCACUCAAAACGUGGAUCUCCUUGGUCUAUUGAACUGGCGUUCUAAACCUGAGGAUCUGGAUCAGAUUCUACAGCGACUGAUGGAGGUAGAAGGAGGGGAGAUUGUCAAAUUUCUCCAGGACACUCUGGAUGCUCUGUUCAACAUCAUGAUGGAGACAUCAGAAAAGGACACCUACGACACCCUGGUGUUCAAUGCCUUGGUAUUUAUAAUCACACUUAUUGGCGACAUCAAAUUCCAGCACUUUAACCCUGUCUUGGAAACCUACAUCAACAAGCAUUUCAGUGCCACCUUGGCUUACAUGAAGCUAACCAGGGUUCUUAACUACUAUGUGGGCCAUGCAGAUGAACCGGUCCUGACUGAGAGGCUCUAUGCAGCUCUCAAAGCCCUCAAGUACCUGUUCAGGUUUAUUGUUCAGUCCCGGGUCCUCUAUCUGAGAUUCUAUGGAAAGAGUGAAGAUGGGGAUGCUUUCUUCAACUCCAUCCGUAGCCUUUUUCUCUCUUUCAACACUCUCAUGGACCGACCACUGGAUGAAGGAGUGAAGAUAAAAGGUGCUAUAUUGAAAUACCUCCCCAGCAUCAUUAAUGACAUCCAGACUGUGUUUGAUCCCGUGGAGCUCAGUGUUCUCCUUGCAAAAUUCAUUGAGAGCAUUCCUGACUCACAGCUGGUGCGCCAGAAGCUGGGAUGUAUGUGUAAAAUGGUGGAGAGUGACCUUUUCAGGCAGCCAGAUUGUCGGGAUGUGCUUCUGCCGCUUGUCACUGACCAGCUGAGUGGACAGCUGGACGACCACUCCAGUAAACCCGACCAUGAGGCCUGUGUCCAGUUGCUUAGCACAGUGUUGGACAGUCUGGACCUAAAAGAUGUGGGUCCAACCAGAGGGCAUGUUCAGCUGAUAAUGGAGCGGCUUCUCCGCAGGGUUAAUCGCACUGUCAUCAACAUGGACAGAUCUUCCCCUCUGAUUGGUCACUAUCUAGCUUGCAUGACAGCCAUCCUGAAGCAGAUGGAUGACAUGCAUUACGCCCACUACAUCAGCACCUUCAAGACGAGACAGGAUAUCAUUGACUUCCUCAUGGAGACAUUCAUCAUGUUUAAGGACCUCAUGGGGAAUGUGUUCCCUGCAGACUGGAUGAUCAUGAACCUGGUCCAAAUGCAGGUUUUCCUUAGAGCCAUCAACCAGUAUUCUGACGUCCUCAACAUGUACUUCCUGGAUCAAACACAUUUUGAACUGCAGCUGUGGAAUAACUACUUUCAUUUGACCGUGGCGUUCCUCACUCAUAAGGCACUCCAACUGGAAUCCUUCUCCCAAGAGAAACGGAAUAAGAUCCUGAACAAAUAUGGUGACAUGAGGAAUACUGCAGGCUUUAAGAUCAGAGAUAUGUGGUACAAUCUUGGCCCUCACAAAAUGAAGUUCAUCCCAGCCAUGGUUGGACCUAUUCUAGAAGUCACGCUGGUCCCUGAGCCAGAACUAAGGAAAGCCACUAUCCCCAUCUUCUUUGAUAUGAUGCAGUGUGAACACAACUUCAGCCCAGCACGCACGUUUGAAACGUUUGAGAACGAACUGAUAACAAAAUUGGAUCAAGAGGUAGAAGGCGGCCAAGGGGAUCAGCAGUACAAAGUCCUUCUGGAGAAAACGUUGCUGGAGCACUGCAGACGCCACAGAUACCUGUCACAGUCAGGAGAAGAGCUGGCUCUGCUGCUGAGCAGUCUGCUGGAGAAUCUCCUUGCUUACCGCACCAUCACACAUGAUGAAAGUCCUGAGCACCGCAUGAGCUGCACCGUCAAUGUGCUGAAUUUCUACAAAGAAAAGAAAAGGGAGGACAUUUACAUCCGGUACUUGUACAAGCUGCGGGAUUUGCACCUAGACUGUGAGAACUACACUGAGGCAGCCUACACGCUGCUGCUACAUGCAGAACUACUGGAGUGGUCUGACAAACCCUGCGCUCCUCAUCUGAUUCCUCGAGACAGACAGCAUAGAUGGACCCAACAGGAGCUGAAGGAGAGGCUUUUCCAGGAGAUCAUUUGUUAUUUGGACAAGGGCAAGAUGUGGGAGAAAGCCAUUGAGCUGGGCAAGCAGCUGGCCAAGAUGCAUGAGAGCCACAUGUUUGACUUCAUGGAGCUCAGCCAGCUGCUGAAACAGCAAGCCCAGUUCUAUGAAAACAUAAUGCAUGCAAUGCGGCCACAGCCUGAGUACUUUGCUGUGGGUUAUUAUGGCCUUGGAUUCCCUUCUUUCCUCAGGAACAAGAUGUUUAUCUACCGAGGCAAAGAGUAUGAGUGGCUGGAAGAUUUCAGCUUAAAGCUGCUCUCUCAGUUCCCCAAUGCAGUCCGCAUGACGAGCACAGCGCCCCCUGGAGACAACAUCAGCAACUCCCCUGGACAGUACAUCCAAUGUUUUACUGUCAAGCCGGUUCUUACUGUGCCGCAACAGUUUAAAGACAAGGGGGUUCCAGAGCAGAUAUUAAACUAUUACAGAACCAAUGAAGUGGACCAGUUCCAGUAUUCAAGGCCCUUCAGGAAAGGUGAAAAGGACCCUGACAAUGAAUUUGCUACCAUGUGGAUCGAGAGAACAACGUACAUUACAGCCUAUCGCUUCCCAGGGAUUCUCAAGUGGUUCGAAGUCAAAUCUGUCUCAGUGGAGGAAAUUAGUCCCUUGGAAAAUGCCAUAGAAACCAUGGAGAUGGCCAAUGAAAAGCUGAGUAAUCUGGUGCAGCAGCAAGCCUGUGAUCGCAGUCUGUCCAUCAACCCGCUGUCCAUGAUGCUCAGUGGCAUCGUUGACCCUGCUGUCAUGGGCGGCUUCUCCAACUAUGAGAAGGCAUUCUUUACAGACACAUACAUUCAACAGCACCCAGAGGAUCACGAGCGCAUCGAAGUUCUUAAACACCUCAUCGCCCUGCAGAUCCCACUUCUGGCAGAUGGGAUUCGCAUCCAUGGGGAGAAGACGACAGAGCAGCUAAAGCCCUUGCACAACCGUCUGGUUACUUGCUUCCAAGACCUUCGCGAGAAAGUGGAGAAGCAUUAUGGCGUCAUAACCUUGCCCUGCUCUCUCACUGAGAGGAAGAAGAGUCGUGUUGGCUCCGUGGUGAUGCCCUAUAUCCUGUCCUCUACCCUGCGCCGCAUGUCCACUGUCUCUACCCUGUCCAACGCCUCCUCCGGACUCUCCAGCGGCUCUGUAUCCUCAGACGGACCCUCCUGCAUUUCCUCCCAAGAUUCCUUGUUGUCCCGUCCCAGCGAUCGCAGGGCCUCUGUUUUGUCCCGCUCAGAGGAAGACAACAGGAUUGCCAGAAAGAACAGAAAGGAGUGGAGUGUUAGCAAAUCCCAGGUCCUACUUGAGAGACAGUCAGAUUCAGACGAGAACCCUCCAGAGAAGCAGCAGAGACCCAAGAGUUUACAAUUAGGCGACCGGCGUCUUACUCUGUCGUUGUUUCAGGGGGCUUCAUCUCAGCUCAGCCUAUCUAACCCCCUCAGCCCCCUGCCUGCCUCUCCACACACACCGCACACACCACGCAGCUCCAGUUAUUCAUCGCUUCUAAGUGACAAUGAUGCCAAUACCAUUGACACCCCAGGGACCCCCCCACCCAUGCCUCCGAAGAAGCACCCACAUGAGAUUGACAACCCCGGGUUUCCUUCAGAGUUCAGUCCUCCACUACCAGUGAAAAACGACAGUAAACCACCCCCACCACCUCCGAAAACACGCAAGUCAAUGUUCCCCUCAUAUGAGCAGAACCCGUAGUAAUGCUUACGACAGUUGCACAAAUGGCCUUACAGUUUUACUCAUUUUCUGAGUUGGCUGUGAUGAAAGCGCAGCUUCAUAUCGUGGUACAGAUGCAGGACCAUCUACAUGGAAAAACUCUUUCUGAUGCAAGUCAUUCUUAAUUCCAAGCGCUCCAUUGUUUUCAGAGUUUGACUUUUGUUUUUCUUAAGCCUCAAGGAAGAAAAUGUGUGUUAUUGUUGUAAGUGGGUACUAUGAUGUAAAAAUGAGUUUGUACGGUCUCUUAUGCUUUGGAUUUGUUUUUAUUUAAUGAUAGUGAAUGCAUUUUUCAUAAAAGGAAAGUGUGGCGUAUGGUGAAGUGGUGCAUUUUAUCUAUCACUCGCAGGGAAAAAGGAAUGACCAAUGCUGCAAUGUAAUAUGUUAUUUUUAUGUGUUGGAGUGACACUGGAUGACGUAUCUUUCCCGAGGCUUACUGGCAUUCCAUAUUUACACAGGAAAUAGCUGCAUUAGUUACUUUAAACUUCGAUCAAGAGCAGGGAAUACAAUGUACAGAAUGUAAGUAUCAGUGUGAAAGGUAGAUCUUUUGUUUCUCAUAGUGAUAUAUGAUCAAACCCAUGUUGCAAACCACAUUUCCAAGACACUGGAUGACAUUAAUGAAUGUGAUGGAGGUUAAAUAUUUUGUGUUUUUGAUACUUAGAUGAACUAAAUACUGUAUUUGAUGCUUCCAGACUGCAUCAUGUUGAUGUAAGUGGUAGUUCUUCAGUUCUGAAACCCUAAAUGCUGAAUGGUACAAAGAAGAUCCUUUUAUCGCUUACUAUUGAAAUAUAUUAAUAAUUGAAAUAUUGAUUCACUCUUUUGCACGCCCAGUAUGUACAGAAGUUUUUUUUGUACUUGUAAGCAGGUUUAUUUCACUCCAUUUUCCACACACUGCUUUAUUGUACACUGUUAAAGUUGGUUUUAAGGAAGCAAUAAAUUGAUGUGCCUUCGGAGCGCUAGAUCUAUGCAUGUAAGCUCUUUUGAAUUAUUGAGUUGUCAGUAUAGUUUUAUUUUUAGAUUUUUAACUGUUUGACAAGGGAUUAACUUUUUUCUAGAGUAUAUUUCCUAAUAAGGAUCAAAGAAAGUUUUACAAACAAUGCCUCAAGAGAUAUUUUAUGAUCUUUUUUAUAUAAACAAACUGAGACUGUUGACUGAACAGAAAUAAAGACGUGGUUGAAAGACCUACACACAUCCAUUGUUGCUGCUGCUUUAUUUUGCAGAGCCAGUGUGUACAAUUUUCUUUUUUUUUUUUUUUUUACUUGAUUACCAAUACGCUGCUUUACUUUAUUCUGUUCCUUUUAAGGAAGCAAUACAUUUAUGUGCUCUUGGAGAUCUAUGCAUGUUAACUCUUUUGAAAAUAAUAAAUUAGAUUUUUACUUGAGUUGUUAGUGAAGUUUUAUUUUUACUUUGUGAAAUGUUUUAUAACUUAUUUUUCAAAGUUUCGUUUCCUAACAAGGAUCAGUGAAUGCCUCAAGAGACAUUUAUAUGAUCUUUUUUUAUAAACAGAGACUUGUUGACUGAACAGAAAUAAAGAUAUGGUUGAUUCUA